GGAAUUUUCUGCGCCAGGUUCGCUUUUUUGUUCGAUCUUUUACGCAUGCGCAGCAAUGGAUUAUGUUCCCAACGGGAAGAUAUGAUAUGUAUGGGGAUAUUCCCACUUUGCGUGCGCAAAAUUGAACUGAGAAGAAGGCGAAUAUGGCGCGGAUUUCCCUACAAAGUCAAUUUAGUAGCGCCACCUAGUGAAAGUGGGAUGAUUGACUAAAAGUUCUAAAAUAGCUUACUUUCAAUAUGAGCAUAAAAGCAUUUGAAUUGGUGCCAACGAUUGAAAGGACGAAGCUUCUUUCUGACAGAGCAAAAACUCAGAUUGAAUGCAUUGAAUGCUGUGGUAAAAACCUGUAUAUUGGCACAAGUGAUUGUUUUGUGGUCCAUUAUAUUGUGGAUGAGCAGCACCUCCCUAAUGGGAAGACAAUAUAUGAUAGUGUAAAGCAGGGCCAUAAAUACCUCGGAUUGAAGAAGCCAGUAGUGCAGUUGAAGGUGGCGUCUGCGUUAAACAGAAUUAUGGUCCUCUGUGAUAACACUCUCACUAUGCUGAACAUGUUUGACUUAGAGCCCAUAGUAACAGGUGCCAAAGUGAAGGGAGUGACAGCAUUUUGUCUUAACCAGAACCCUAUCAGCAACAAUCCAUUUAGUGUAGAAAUCUGUGUUGCCCUCAGGAAGAAACUGUUGCAAAUAUAUACAGUAACUGAAGAUAGGUUGAACCAUGUGAAAGAUGUAGCUACUCAAGAUCCUCCAGUUACCAUGUCAAUGGAUGGUACAUUUGUUUGUGCAGCAUUAAGUACACAAUACAGUAUAGUGAACUAUGAUACAGCCAAUAGCACUGAUUUGUUCCCUUAUGAUUCUGAGGCAGUCAAACCAUUUGUGCAGCGAAUAAGCAAGGAGGAAUUUUUAUUGAGUGGUCCUAGUGGACUUGGCAUGUUUGUGACAACUGAAGGGGUCUCCCAAAGACCUCCACUGCAAUGGAGUGAAUCUGUGUCAUCAUACUGUUAUGUCCAUCCUUAUAUAGUAGCCCUUGACAGUGAAUUCAUAACUGUGCACAGCAUAUUGGACCAACAACAGAAACAGAGUAUUCCAUACCAAGGUGGCAUAUACCUUGAUGAAUAUGAGGGUCGAGUCUUCAUUGCAUCACUAAAAGAAAUAUAUGCGCUUGUACCAAUUGCCUGGGAGAAGCAGGUUACUUCUCUAUUGGCUGACAGAAGGGUCUCAGAAGCUCUUGCCUUAGCAAAGAAUGCUAAGAAAGUUGGCUUAACAAGGGAACAGUUUCAGAGGAUGUAUAGGCGUUUGCAGCAACAAGCUGGAUUCAUAGAAUUUGCACAACAGCAUUUUGAUGAGUGUAGGGAGCUCUUUAAAACUGGAAGAUUGGAUGUCAGAGAGCUGAUCAGUCUUUACCCAUUCCUCAUGCCACAGAGAUCUUCAUUCACUCGUUCUGUCCCAUCUCUUCAUGAUAUUGCUGACGUGAGACAACUUGCACGCAAUGAUGCCACUACUAUCAAAACAUAUAAGGAAUUCUUGAUGAGUUAUCUUGAGGAGAAUAAAGCUGAUGCUGGAAAAUCGAACAAUUGUUGUAUGGAGAUAGACACAGCAUUAUUGAAACUAUAUGCAGAGCUAGAUCCUUCUAAGCUGUUAAUGUUUAUUGGAAAGAGUGUCUGCAAACUGUCAGAUUGUGUUGAGUUGCUAGAAAAACAUGAGCGCUUCCAUGCACUAGGACUUCUUUAUCGCUACAAUGGUCAACAUGCAAAUGCUCUACAAGUCUGGAAAAGAUUGACGAAUGGUGAAGUGACUGAUGUUCUUUUUCCUGGUUUAGAAUAUGUUGUGCAAUAUUUAUCGAGUUUAAGUGACCACACCCUGGUAUGGCAAUAUACAGAUUGGAUCAUACAGAAGGAUGAAUGCCUUGGUGUACAGAUAUUUACCAAUAGGCCUGCAAAUGAGACUCCUUCCGACAAGCUACAGCCAGACAACAUACUAGACCAAUUACAUAGGUACCCGAGAGCAGUCAUCACAUAUCUAGAAUAUUUGGUCUUUCAGAAAAAAUCGCAGAAGGAAAAGUACCACACACAUCUUGCAGUGCUUUAUCUAGACAAUGUCUUUAAACUGUUAGAAUCAUCAACAUCUAGUAAGGAGAAUAUUGACAGAGAAAGGUGUAAACUAAGACAUAUGCUACAGACAUCCAACCUAUACAGGGUGCAGUUACUUUUAGGCAAAGUGAAGGAAACAGACAUGUAUGCAGAGUCUGCCAUCUUAUAUGGAAAGCUUGGGGACCAUGAUAAAGCCAUAAGGAUUCUUGUACAUAAGCUGAAGGACUUUGGCCAGGCUGAAAACUAUUGUAUAUUGAAUUCAAAAGGGAAAGAUUCUUUCCAUAGAAAACAGUUGUUCCACACAUUGCUCAGUGUAUACUUGGAUCCUAGUUACGAACGCCGAGAUCUCUUAGUUACACCUGCCGUGAAUCUUCUAAACAAUAACCAGGGAAACUUUGAUGCAACUAAGGUGCUUCAGUUGAUACCUGACAACUGGUCUAUUGGUCUACUCCAGUCCUUUCUGGCCAGCACUGUGAGGAAACACAUGCAUGACUUCAGGACGACCAGGCUUCAGAGGAUGUUGUCACGGGGAGAAAAUCUCAUUGUGAAAAAAGAAAGCAUCGAAAGUCAAAGAGAGGCAUUGCAAUUAGUAGAGGAAAAGUCAUGUGCAGUAUGUGAUCGCUCAUUUGAUGAACCUACAUUCAUCCGCUACCCUAAUGGAAUAAUCACUCAUACACAAUGUGCCAAAAAUAAACAUGUCUGCCCAGUGACUGGAAAACUGUUCAGUACAACCAAAAGGACAAGUGCUUCUUGAUUGAAAUAGCUUGUUUGAAACAUGUUUAAAAUCAUGUUUCUUCUGUUGUUGAACAUGGAAAACAAUGAACUUAAUGAGAGUUGGAAAAUAAUUAUAAAAAUGAUAUGCCCACUAGGAAAAACAUGUACUAUUGUAUGAUGGAGCGGUUCAUGAUAUAAGCGCAUUAAACAUGUUAUAUAUAAUAUAAAUGGACUUAUAAAAAUAAAUUAUAAAUUAUCA